CUCAUUUUCCUUGUAGUCAAGUGAAUAACUCUCUCUAUGGCCACUUGGGAAAUAUGUGUCUUUUUACAGGAGAUGGUGACAUUCAGGGAUGUGGCUGUAGAAUUCUCUCCAGAGGAGUGGGCAUGCCUUGACGAUGCUCAGCAGAAUUUGUAUAGGGAGGUGAUGUUGGAGAACUACCGAAACCUGGUCUCCCUUGGUCUUGCUGUCUCAAAGCCAGAGCUGAUCACAUGUCUAGAGCAAAGGAUAGAGCCAUGGAUUAUGAAAAAAGAGGAAACAACAGUUAAAUAUCCAGGUAGGUGA